AUGUUGCUGAACAUUCCGAGAAACUUGUUAUAUACUGUGAUAAUAUUUUGUAUUGUUGGUUUUUACAAUGAUCUUCAACUCAUGUUUUUCUCAACUCUUCCGGUUGCAAUGGAAAAUAUCAUAAACUCAACAAUUUCUAGAUAUGGAAAAGAGCCGAAUUCUAUGAGGUUUCACAAUUUUUAAUAAUUUUUCAAGAAUAUUCAUAUUUUUCAGUAUUUCAUUAUUGACGUCAGCUAUGAAUUCAGUUGGAAGCAUCGGUACAGUAAUUGGAAUAUUUUUCUUCCUACCAAUUUCAGAUCAAAGAGGUAGAAAAUUUGUUUGUGUGCACAUACGGUAAUAUAAUGACGAGUUGAAUGACAUUUUUGUUUUGUGUUAUAGAUCAUACUGUGGAUUAUUUUCCUCAUUUUUCUAUUUGGUUUCUGCAUAUUUUGAAUCAGCUGAAUUUUUCAUUCUUGCCGAAUUUGUCUAUGGAGCGCAAUUGCCUGUUAGAUUUUUUGCGACUUCGGUAUUUGUUAGUGAAAGUUCUCCGGAUCAAUGUAGAGGCGGGUUUUAAGAAACUUGUUCACUUUUAGAGAUCACAAAAUUCUUUUUGAAAAAGCUUGAAGACUAUUAGUUGCUCCUUAUAAUAAAUUUGGUUGCUUAAGGAUUCGCAACAUUUGCAUUAAUGGUUGGAAGUGCUCUGGCAAAUAUGGUUAUGUUUUCACUUGCAACUCCAAGUCUAUUCGGAUCACCGAAUUCUUGGUUUGUUUUCCCGUUAACAACAUUGAUUUUGUAAGUUACACUCCCAUUUUCCAAAAAAAAUCUUAAAUUUCAGAUCGGUUAUUUGUUUUUUCCUACUGCUGAGAAUACACGAAUCUCCAAAGUGGUUGAUUCGUCAAAAAAGAUUCGAAGAAGCAGAAAGAGCCAUUGAGUUUUAUCAUGGAAAAAAUGUGAAUAAAGAUGAAAUUUUAUAUUCGAUGGUGCGUGAGAAAAAUUUGACGAUAUCAAAAAAAUUAUCAUUGAAACAAAUUGUGAACGAUGACACUCUAUGGGAAGCUUUUAAGAUUGUUGGUUUUGUUUAUGCAUUUAUAUUGAUUUCUCCAAAUACUGCGGAAGGUGUAUAUAUGGCAUCUUUAAAUACGACAGCUGGACUAACUAUUGAACAGGUUGGAUUUGAAUAGUUUAUAGAAGCGGGAGUUGAAAAAAUUUGGGAAAUACUUUUCAUUCUUUAAGUUCUCUAAAAAGAUAUGAUUUUCUCUCGACUCUGACUUUAUAUCAUUUUCAGACUCUGACAGUAUUACUCGUAUUCUCGAUUAUUUUUCUACCUGGACCACUAAUAGGAACCUUUCUGAUUGACAAACUUGGCCGACGAAAAAUGGUAUUCUUCACCGGGUUUGUCAUGAUUUCAAAAACAUGGAUUUUAACAACAACAUUGACGUGUUCUGAAGUUUUUGGGACCAGUGUUUUGACUCGAAUUUCGGGUCAGUUUUUGUGUUCUAUUUUAUUUGUAAUAACUGUGUUCCACGUUUGCAGUUAUAUUUACUGAUAUGAUCGGGAAUCUGCAACAUGUUAUCGGUAUAAAUUCGAUUGGCCCAUUGCUUAUUUCAGAACUUUUUCCACAAGCUGCGAGAACUUCUGUUGGACAGGUACUCAAAUAUUUUCUAUAUUUAUUGUAUAUUGAAACUUUCAGCUAUUCACACUUAUUGGAGUUUUUUCAUAUAUUCCAUCUGUGAUUGUGUUUCCAAUAAUUGAUGCUAUUUUCACACCUAUAUUUUUUGUUCCAUUCAUGUUCUUGCAACCAAUUUUCCUAUACUUUCUUUACAAAAAAUUGCCUGAAACCAAACUUCGAUCUGUUGCAGAUAUUAUUGAAUCAUUAGAUGAUGUUGUAACUUCUCGAGUGAGUUUCAAAAAAUUUAUUGAAUUUUGAUUUUUUUUUGUUUCAGAGAAACACAUAUUUGAAUGAAAAAUCUCCGUUGAUCAAAGAUCGAGUGAGUUUCUAGUUUCUUUAUUAAAUUCGUAAUUUGACAAAUUUUCAGGCAAUAACAUUCUCAACCAAACGCGGCAGCAUUAUUAAAACUCAAAGAAAACGAGUGAGUUUACAAAUCCUCCUCCAAAAUUAAUCACAUUGUUUCAGUCCAAAACAAUGGAUUACAAAAAACUUGAUCUCAACGAUGUUAUAAUUUUCUAA